AUGGCCACCGAAGCACCACCAAACUAUAUCCGUGUCUCGACAAGAGACGAGGAGGAUACCGAUCUGCCAAGUCACGCCCAUGUACAUGAGCCUGACGGCGACAUUCCUACCAGCGUCACGCAAGCCGCGGACGUUCCUUCGACCGCGAUAUCCCCUCCGCCAUCCCCUCCUACAAGAGCACAGACUGAAGUGUCGUCCAUCAGUGCUGUCGCCCAACCUCGUUCCAAUACGGAACCCUUGCCCCAGUCGCAGGCGCGGCCCACGGAGCAACUGCGUGACGGAAAGAGGCACUCGUCUCUGGGCGCGUUGAAGCAUCGGCUUCAAAGUUCUUUCGACCCUUCACUGCACGAAUUGUUAGAGAAGCGCGGCCUUGAUCCAAGCAGUCAGCGACAGUAUAGCCAGAAAAGGCAACGCCAACGGCUAUGGCGAUUGACGAUCGGUGAAUUCUUGUAUACGGUUGCCCUUUGCCUGGCUUACUUCGGUGUUUUGUACGCCUACGGCGGAAAGGACGCAAUCAGCGUGCGCGAGCGGAGGAUAUUCAAUGCCUUGGUAACAGGCGUGACCCUCCUGCUCGGUGUGAACCUAGCGGCAUCGUUGCGAAGUUACGCCAAGUUGUUGAGAUGGCGGAUUCUGGCGAUAUGUUAUCGGCCCCUAGAGACCUUCGACCUCGUCAUGGGCUGCGACAGCUUGAUGAAUGUGACGAAGCUUCUGUGGAAAGCGGGCAAUAACAGGUACAAGUAUUUGCCAUCGAGAACGCAGAUUAUCUGUUUCGCAUGGCUCCUUGUCCACGUGGCUAUCACUGUUCUGGUCGGUAUUAUCGGCCUGAACUAUAAUUUGGAAGAUUCGGAUUCGACCCUCUUCGUGCGCACCGGCAAUAUCAGCAUGGUGGACUUGAAUGCAUUGUCCGACGGGUUCUAUGGAUACGACCUAGCUCAAGUCCAGGCAUGGGGAUCACGAGGCGUGACCAUUGAGCCGUCGGUCAUCACCGCUGAGUCGGAGUCUGCACUAGGCUACCUCUCCGACUCGGCUGGUUACACCCUCUACUAUUUUCAGGAUCAGAAAGCGGAUGAUCCGAAUCAGAACGUUGUGUCGAGUCGGUGGAUCGAGUCCCAAGCGUAUUGCACUGGGUAUAUUGUCAAGGAAGGGCAGUAUGGUGACCUCUCGUACAUCAUCUACCACGACGGCGAGCACGAUGUCAACCAGACAAUGCCAUCCCUGGCUGGACCCGCUGGUCUCAUAGUCAUGUCCAAGCUGAACUCGACAUGCGGGGACCGAUGCGUCGACAUGCAGGCUUUCCAAGCAGCCACUUUGCCUGGUGAGAAUGACAUGGGCUAUACAAUCCCAGAAGGCUCUUUCUUUGUCUGCAGCAAUACGGUGCCUCAAGUUGGAGAUGAUAGGAACUCUCACUUGAGCGAUGACUUCUUGAUCUAUGACGAUGUGGGCAGAAUGUUGGCCGGAAGCCUGGGAUGGAGCGAGGUCCCUCCUGUCUUCAACGGCACCGCAGAAUACGCGGUCUACACGAAUUGGUCCCAGGUUAGCUUCGGCCAUCAACCGACUGACACCGAUAUGGCUGCACGUAUCUCAACCUUCACGAUGGGGGCAAUCGCAUUCAUGGAUGGCUCGAAUCUUAUGUCCAGGCGGUAUGCCAUCAGCGACGAAAUGCCGUAUGCCGCGCAGGUGCUCAAGGUGAAGUGGAAAUAUGCAGGCUCCAUCCUCGGAGUCAUCCCAUUCAUCCACUUUCUGACCCUGGCGCAAGUCAUUCUCUGGGCCAACAACGCAAUCAUCAAGGACGACAGCCACCUCGCCAUCGCCAAGGUGUAUCAUUCCUUUCUGAGUCGACUAGGCGACCACGGCUGCCUGUUGCGUGGUGAUGAAAUCGUCGCUCUCCUGGAGAACCCGAGCGUCGCAUAUGGCUGGCGACAGAGCGUGGAGCCAGGUGGACAAGGCUUGAUGCACGUCGACGUGUUCGAUCGCGAGCACGGCCUUGUAAGGGAAGAGCGACCAUUUCAGGAAGGGUGGUAUAACGGCGGGGGCGAGGGCAGUCCCAUUACCGAGAAGUCCGAAGCACAAUGCAACUUGCGGAGACGGUACCGGGACUUUGAUGCGGCAGAAUUCUUCUAA